CCUUAUAUAGGUUUUUAAAAGAGGGCCGAGUUGACCUGUGCCGAGUUGACCCGUGCCAAGUUGGUAUAGGGCCGAGUUGACCCUUUACCGUAUAUACUAUUUGGGUAAUUUACCAUAUUUACCGAACAAACGUGUACUAUUUCAUUACAAUAUUAUUUCAUUCAUAUAUACAAAUUAUUUAAUAAAACAAAAAUCCGUUUAAAAGCUAGUUUAUUUCUCUACCUCUGUUUUUGUCUUCAAUUUAUUCUAAGUAUACCAAUCAUUUCAUUUUUAUUUGAUACCCAAUUUAUUUUGUCAAAACAGACAACCAUUGUUUACUGAUUAUUCAGAAUUUCUGACAUGGCAUUACUUUGCGAAUUUAUGUAUUAGGUUGUAGACCAAGGCGACCCUGGUUCGAUUCCCGGCAUCGGAACACACUUGUGUUCUCAAGUUUGUUUUCGUCUUCAUUUAUUAAACAAGCAGCACAUACCAUAAAAAAUUGAUUACUGCUUCGGAUAUUCAACUGCAGAGAGCAAUUUGCUGAUUUUGUACAUUACUUAUGACUGUUCACAUCAUUUUGCGGCGUCUUUGGUGUGCAGCAUCAACAUUUAACUUGUUUAUUGCUUAAAUAAUCGCAUUGUACUUUCAAUACAUCAUAAAGCAAAUUUUACAAUUGCAACACAGAAUUUGAUUUUAAAGGAUGGAGCACGGCAGUUAUCAAUUUUUUUCUUACAUUAAUAUAUCAUUCGGUGUGAUGUGACCUUUUAUUAAAACUUGCUUGUAAAUAUAUUUUGCAAAGAAGUCAGCGCCUGCUAAACUAAUUAGACUUUCGUCCCCUCAGUGACGAAACGGGUUAACUCCUAGUAAAUUUAGAAAGACUUAUCUCAUUACUGUACUAAUUUGACGAUAUCUGUAUAACCCAAUACCAUUUACAUCUUGUUCCGAGCUGCCUAUGGCUAUUCAGAACCCAGUGUUUAAAACUUAAUUGAUCAUAUAGCCGCAAAAAUACGGCACUAUUUGAAGAAUGGUGGUAUUGUAUGCAAAAGUUGUACCUAUCUUUUCUUGUAGUUUUAUUGUUAUGUCAGUGAUGUACCACGACUGCGUUUUUGGGAAAUGUUUAAAUGUAACAUUGAUAGCGUCACAAAACACAGUAUUCCUGUCAAAAUAUACUUCAGGAGGACUCAUGGUAGAUUUUUCCGUUUCUUAUUCCAUCACCAUACACGAGGUAGUGUCGUUUAAGAUUUUUAUAUCAAGUAUAGACGCACAAAACGGUGAGCCAUGUUUUGAAAGUAUUCAUAUACAAGAGACCCAGGCAUCCGGCAAUUAUUUUAAAACUGAACUUUCAGCGGUUGAUCAAAAAUUGAGGUCCCGGAUUACUUUUUUGUUUAAGGACUUAGCAGACAUGACACCUUGGAUUUUGGUUUGUUGAAUUCAUUCUAAAGCACUUUUUGCAUACUUAAUUGAAUUGAAAACACUGAUAAUGUAUUCAUAGAUACUGAUUAAAUAAAAAAAAAAAACGUUUCCUAAGGAUGUCGAUGUAUAUUUUUUGUUAACAUGAUAACUAUAGGAAAUAAUGUUUUUAAUUGAUAAUUAAUAGUUCAUAUACAUGUAUAUACUUGUUGCUGUCAUGUUUUUUUU